CUUGGGGCAGAGGGGUGCUGUGGCCAUCUCUCACCCCCCCUUCCCUCCGCAGCCACCGCCGCUCACUUCAGCUUCUGGCGCAGCCUCCUGGAGCACACGGACUCGGCCGCAGGUUUCGGGGUGACCCCAAGGUGUCCAAAGGGUGCAAAGCCAAAGUCUGGCGGCAUCACCGCAGUCCCGUGCCGCCAGCCAGCAUCUCCCCCAGCCCCAUGGGCCGACCUCCCUGCGUUUUCCUCCUCGUGGGGCCCAACCCUGUUAACACCCUCCCCUUCCCACUCCCCUCAGGGCCGUGGCUGCGAUCACUAUGGCAUCUACCACACCAGCCCCACGCUGGGCAGCCUGGCGAAGCCGGUGGUGCUCUGGACCCAGCAGGAUGUGUGCAAAUGGCUGAAGAAGCACUGCCCGCACAACUAUCUCAUCUACGUCGAGGCGUUCUCCCACCACGCCAUCACAG